GGUUCUAAUCCUUUUGGGCUAUUUGUUUCCAAUUUCAUUCUUAACAAGAAGCGUUUACUGCGUGGCGGACUUGUGAUACCACAUUUGAUAUUCAUUGAUGAUGACGUUUUCUUUAUUAACUCCAGCUGUGGUAGCGCUAAUCUGUGUCUUGAUAGGGAUAAUAUUCAGAAACAGCAGGAAAACUCCCAAGACAGAGCUGAGCACAACCAGCAAAAAGGCAGUGCCUGGCCCAUGGGGAGAAGAAGACUCAAAAGAUGGGACUGAUUUACAUGCAGAGGAAGAAGAAGAUGAUGAUGAAUGGAAUGAAUUAGCUCACAUCCCUUUUUCGACUGAGCAUUACUCUAAAGAAGACAUGGUCAAAAGAUCAAAGGAUUUUUAUGAGCUUCUCAAAAAGAGACGAUCUGUUAGAUUCAUCAGUGAUGAGCCGGUUCCAAGAGAAGUAAUUGACAACGUGAUUAAAACUGCAGGAACAUCUCCUAGCGGGGCACAUACUGAACCUUGGACCUUUGUGGUUGUCAGCGAUAAAGAAGUAAAGCAUAAGAUCCGGGAAAUCAUUGAAGAAGAGGAAGAAAUCAACUACAUAAAGAGGAUGGGGCGCAGAUGGGUUAAUGAUAUCAAAAGGAUAAGGACAAACUGGAUCAAAGAAUAUUUGGAUAGCGCUCCAUACUUGAUUCUCAUUUUCAAGCAGGUGUAUGGAAUACUUCCAGAUGGGAAAAAGAAAACUCACUACUACAAUGAGAUCAGUGUUUCUAUUGCGUGUGGCAUCCUUCUCGCUGCCUUACAGAAUGUGGGCCUGGUGACAGUUACUACUACUCCACUGAACUGUGGCCCUCGCUUAAGAGUUUUGCUUGAGCGCCCACCAAAUGAAAAGUUGCUUCUGCUGCUGCCAGUUGGAUACCCCAGGAAAGACGCCACUGUGCCGAACUUCUCCAGAAAGCCAUUGGAUGACAUUAUGGUGGUUAUAUAACCCGGAACACUUUGGAAUAUACUUUGAUAUAAGAACCACCUGAAGAACAUUUGUUCUCCUUGAUUAUUUCUGUAACUCUGCAUUCAAAUAAACGGAAGUG